UGUUUUGCGACACUCGCUAUUGAAAUACAGGUCAACACAGCAUGAAGCUGAUUCUCCGGAUUUUCGUGGCAAUUAUUUGCCUUGCGGCUUUGGUUCAAGGGAAUAAUUCGACGAAAAAGGCUCCACCGAUCAAGCUUGGCCGGGCCGUCCAGUUUGACGAGAAAAACGAGACGAUGGUGCACGAUGGAGUUCCCUAUGCGAAAGGCGAAUUCUUCAAGGACGGAGACGACUACUACGCAUUUCCCUGUAAUACCAAUGCCUGCAUUCGACAGUGCUCCGCAGAGCUGGCAUCCAAGGCGAAUUUUACUUUGCUGAGAAGUGACAUGUGGAUCAACGUGAGCCACGAGGGCAGAACGAACGCCGUGCGUCUGCACGACCAUUUUCACGUUUUGAAAGAGGUCGAGUGCACAAACGCGUACAUUUUAGAACCGGAGGAAAAUUACCAGGACGAGCACAUUCAUCUGGCUAACGGUUCACUUUUUUUGGUUAUGGAAGGUGGCGACUCCUCGAUUAUUCUGGGCAGACACGAGUAUUGCAUUCUUGUCGACGCACACGGCAAUGUUAAAUCCCUGAUGUGUGCAGACUCUGGAGAUUAUGAUGGAAUGCCGGAGAAAGAGAUCCAGUACUACAUAUACCCUGUUUUCAUGAUUUUCUCCAUAAUUUGCCUGCUGCUGACGCUGCUCGCGUUCGUUUUCACGCCCGAGAUGCGGAAUCUGCACGGAAAGAGCAUCGCGUGCCAGUCGUUCACUCUGAUGAUGGCCUACAUCGGCCUCACCGUCACCUACUAUUCUGGAACUGACAGCAACUUAAUUGUUUGCAAACUUUUCGCGUACAUGGCUUUUGGAUUUCUUUUGAGUUCCUUUUACUGGUUGAACACGAUGUGCUUUGACAUAUUUUGGACAUUCAGUGAUUUCAAGAAAAUGACCGGCUCCUUGAGUCAGACGUCGAGGAAGAAAUUUCGGAUGUACGCCAUUCAUUCGAUACUCAAUCCGCUGAUCAUUUUAACUGUCACCAUCAUCCUCGACGCAGCGUUGGACGAAAAAUCCUCUAUGUGGCCGGGAAUUGGGGACGUCAAGUGUUGGUUUAGAAAUCACAGAACGGAAUUCAUGUUCUUCCACAUCCAUCUGUUGAUCAUGCUGUUGGCAAACACAGUCUUUUUUAUUUUGACUCUGGUUAAAAUCACGAACAUGAAACGAGAGGCGCAAGUGUUGAAAAGAGGCGACAGCAUGACCCACGGGUCCGGCGCGAGCACUGCACUUGAGGACCGACAACGAUUGGUCUUGUAUGUAAAACUCUUCAUCUUGAUGGGUGGAACUUGGGUAAUGGAACUGAUUUCUUGGGCGGUGAAGAGUGAACCCAAGUGGUUUUGGAUUCCGUUUGACAUCAUCAACUGCUCCAGAGGCAUCAUCAUCUUUAUUUUUUGCGUCGUGACGAACCAAAAAGUGCGCAAUUCCCUUCUUCGUCGCUUUUUACCGAAAUACGCGCCGGACCCGAGUUCGCAUGAGCCUCGGUCCUACCACUCGAAGAUGUCGGCCACCUCUGAAAUAUCCGACACACAUGACACCAUUUGCACAACUACUGCUCUUUGCGACACCAAGAGCGCAGACACCGAAGUCUAGAUAAUUUUUAUUACCAUAUAGUUUUGGAAAAAAUAGAUCUGGAUGGAGACUUGUUAUUUCGACGGGGAAAUGUUUAGUUAAUGGUUAAACCGCAAGAAUAUUUAAACAGGAUUUUAAGCCACACAUGUUAUUUAUUAUACAUAAAAUAUCUUGUAUUAUUUUAAGUAAUAUAUUCAUUAUAAUAAAAAAAUUAAGCCGUAAA